AAUAACUUUAUAUCAUUUAGCUCGUAUGCAUUUGUGAGCUGCUGUGUACAAAGUGUUUUGAUAUGGGUUUAGGACUUGCUUAGAGAGAGAGGGAGAGAGUCCUAAUAAGGGUGGGUUGACAAAGAACAUAAUACGAGUGUUGAGGCUGUAACGACACCGUUUUAGAAAGGAAGAAACCGCAAGGGGUCGGAGAAAGUAUGCCACUGGUAGACUACGACGAUUCAUCAUCCGACGAUGAUGUCUUAGCCGCCGAGGAGCAAGACGCAAACCAGAAGCAACCACUCCCACAGCCGCAAAGACAGCCCUCUCCACUUCCUCCAAAUAGAAAGAGAUGUGAGCAGAAAGAGAGUGUUGAGAAGCUACCAGAUGCUUUGCUUCUUCUGGAGUCACCGACACUCUCACAGGUUACUGGCAGUGACCAUGCUUCUGUUGUUGCAGCUGCAAUGGCCGAGAGUACAUUACGGAAGAGGGACUUAAAUGGGAAUGCUUCUUCUCUUCCUCGUCGUCCCAAGGUACCAAGAGGGAAUUUGCCUCAUUCCAAGAAUAUUCCUGAUACAAUGGGUAAUGUCCUUGUACCUCCUCAGCUCAAGGGAAGGAGCAAUGUUGCCACAGAGGAUAUGAGCAGGCUUUUUGUGAAAAAACGGCAAGACUCCUCCAAGGCAAAAUCUCCACCUCCGGAAUAGUUUGGUCAAAUUUGAUGUUUUUAUAUAUUCGUCUUAUUCCAUAAAAUUUGGUGCAACGUAAUGGUGGUAUUUUAGCAGAUACGCUGAACAUGUACUUUCUCAUUAGUUUAAGAUUAUUUAUACAAAAAGAAAAAAUCUGAAAUUA